AUGGAGACAAAUAACAGUAAUACAUCGUUAGGUACUACUAGUUUAGCUGGUUCAUGUUCAGGAGAACGUUAUUGGUUUGCAUUUUUAUUCUCAAGCAUUGCAACAUUUGUUAUCGGUGUAUUUGCUAUUCUUCUUUGGCGUUGUGGUGCUUUAAUUUAUAAACGUGGACCAACAAUAAGACAUCGAUCAGGAAGAUUAGUAUCAAAUUCGGAUAAACAAGAUACAUCGUAUUCAUUUGAUCCGAUGCAUGAACGUAAUUGGGCAACAAUUAUUAAAGAAUAUGCAGCAAAAUUAAUAUCAGGACAACAAACACCAGGAAAAAUUCUCGUAAUUGCUGUUGUCGUCUUGAGUUUAGCAUCAUUAGUGAUUUAUUUCUAUGAUGUUAGCACACAACCUAUUGAAUCAUGUCAAUUAUGGACAGAAAGUCCAAUGCAACAAGUUGAUUUAGCCUUUAAUAUAUUUUUUCUGUUCUAUUUUUUUCUUCGAUUUGUUGCUGCACAAGAUAAACUUCGAUUUUGGUGUUUGGAUAUUCAUUCAUGGGUUGAUUUUUUUACCAUUCCACCAUCGUUCACUGCUAUUGUUCUUGGACGAAAUUGGAUUGGAAUGCGAUUUUUUCGUAUUGCACGCAUAUUGAAUAUUCCUGAUAUACUUCAAUUUUUACACAUACUUCGUAGUAGUAAUACUAUUCGUUUAACACGUAUGUUGUGUUUACUAUUUACGGUUUGGUUAUCAGCAGCAGGAUUUGUUCACUUGGUCGAAAAUUCGGGCGAUUUCUUUCAAAAUUAUUCAAAUUCACAACCAAUCACUUAUUUUCAAUGUGUCUAUUUUUUAAUCGUCACAAUGAGCACAGUUGGUUACGGCGAUUACCAUCUGAGAACAACGAUCGGACAAUGUUUUAUAAUAUUCUUUAUAACUGGCGGUCUUGCACUUUUUGCUCGAGCUAUUCCGGAAUUAGCAGAGAUGUUAUCAAAUAAGAAGAAAUAUGCUGGACAAUAUCGAUUAGAAAAUGGAAAAAAAUUUGUUCUUGUUUGUGGUCAUAUUACAUUUACAUCAAUGGAAAAUUUUCUGAAAGAUUUUUUACAUGAAGAUCGAGUUAGUUCAGAUAGUUUUUAUGAUGCUGAUGUACUCAUUGUUGAUAAAAAACAUUCAGUUGAUUUUGAAUUUCAAGCAUUACUUAAACGUCAUUUUACACGUGUAAGAUAUUUUGAUGCUACUGUUAUGGAUCCGGUUGAUUUAGAACGAGUUAAAUUAAAAAGAACUGAAGCUGUUUUAAUCCUAGCAAAUAAAGAUGCAAUUGAUCCUGAUGGUGAAGAUGCAAGUAAUAUAAUGCGUGUAAUUAGUAUUAAAAAUUAUCAUUCAGAAACGAAAAUUAUUGUUCAACUUUUACAAUAUCAUAAUAAAAUGCAUUUAAUGAAUAUUCCAGCAUGGAAUAAUAAUACAGAUGAAGCUGUUUGUAUUGCUGAAUUAAAAUUAGGUUUAAUUGCUGAAAGUUGUCUUAAUCCUGGUUUUUCAACAAUGAUUGCUAAUAUAUUUGCAAUGCGUUCAGAUUCAGAAGUCGCUGGAAAAUUAACUGAAAAGGGUACACCUGAUCGAUCUGUUUGGUUACAACAAUAUCUUCGUGGUGCUUCACUUGAAAUGUAUACGGAAACAUUAUCAAAUUAUUUUGUACAUGAUUUAAAAAAUUUCAGUGAAGCUGCUAGAUUUUGUUUGGUUGAACUUGAUAUAUUAUUAUUUGCUAUUGAAGUUUGUGAAGAAAAUGGACAAAGAAGAUUAGCUAUUAAUCCUGAUCGAACAUCAAAAUAUUUUCGAAUUGCUAAACGAACGAGAGGAUUCUUUUUAGCUGGAAGUUCAGAAGAAGCAUCGAGAGCUCGAUAUUAUUGUCGUCAUUGUCAUCACAAAGAAAAACCUGAAUUUGUUCAUAAAUGUAUUCACUAUCGUAUUGAAGAUUCAUCAAACAGCAGCAAAACACGACGUGAAAUGUCAAGACCACGUUCUGAAAGUUCUGCAGCUAUUCAUGCUAUACCAAUAACUCAUCAAGCACCAAAACCAUUUUGUUUCGAUACAACAGGAAUGUUUUAUUGGUGUUCAACACAAACAUUAGAACAACAAACAAUUGAUAUUCGAGUUAAAUGUGAAUUAUCACAUCAUGUUAUAUGUUGUAUAUUUGCUGAAGAAUCAUCACCUGUUAUUGGUUUACGUAGUUUUGUUAUGCCAUUACGUGCAUCAAAUUUUGAUGAAAAUGAACUUAAACCAAUUGUAUUUAUUGGUAAUUGUGUUUUCCUUAAAAAAGAAUGGAGACAUAUAUGUAAUUUUCCAAAAGUUUAUCUUGUUGAUGGUUCACCAAAUGAUCGUGCUACAUUACGAGCUGUUAAUAUACAUUUAUGUGAUAUGUGUGUUAUAUUAUCAUCAUCAGCAUCACAUCAUGAUCAACGUCAAGAUCGAUAUUUAACUGAUAAAGCAGCAAUACUUUGUUCAUUAAAUAUCAAAGCAAUGAGUUUUGAUACAGAAUGUACAACAUCAGAUAGACGUUUUGGGACAUCAAUUCCACUUAUAACAGAACUUAAAAAUGAUACAAAUGUUGUCUUUCUUGAUCAAGAUGAUGAUGAUGAUCCAAGUAUUGAUCUAUAUAUGACACAACCAUUUGCAUGUGGUACAUCAUUUGCUAUUAGUGUUUUGGAUUCAUUGAUGAGUGCAACAUAUUUCAAUGAAAAUGCUUUAACUAUUCUUCGAGCAUUGAUAACCGGUGGUGCAACACCUGAAUUAGAAAAAAUCCUAGCAGAAGGUGCUGGAAUGACACAAGGUUCAAGUUCAAAAGAAGUAUUAAAUAAUCGAAGACGACCACGAGUUGUUUUAUUACCUGUAGAAAAUAUAAUAAUCGAAGAAAUAAAUAAUACGAAACAAAAUUCAUCAAUAAUUAUGAAUACAUUUUGGGAUGAUAAUCCAACCUAUGGGGAUUUAUUUGUUAAUUUAUUAAUUCAUCGAGAUUGGCUUUGUCUUGGUCUUUAUCGUCUUCGUGAUCAUGGUGAUACGGAAACAAUUCCUCAAUCGACUAAACGUGUUGUUAUAUGCAGUCCACCACGAACAUUACCUUUAUAUAAGACUGAUCUAGUUUAUGUGAUACAACAAUUUCAACCAAAAUAUAAUCCGCCGUUAACUAUACCACCAGAAUCAAUAAAAUCGAAUGACAAUACUAUUCAAUCAGAUCUUGUACCGGAAGCAGUUAAUUCAAUGGUACAAAUGCCAUAUACAGUAGUUACUAGAAUGACUCCGACAAUGAUGCAUGACAUUAAUAUAAAUAAUAAGGAUAAAACUUAA